AUGGGAUACUCUGACCCUUCAUCAAGCAGGGAUUUGCUGGGAAACAGAACUUUGUUCUUCAUAUUCAUCUGCGCCUUUGCCGUGGUCACCUUGCUGCAGCAGAUCCUCUAUGGGAGAAACUAUCUCAAAAGGUAUUUUGAGUUUUAUGAAGGUCCUUUGGAAUACAACUCUACCAAAUGCCUGGAAUUACGGCAGGACAUCAUUGAGGUGAAAGUUUUGUCUAUGGUGAAACAGACUGAAUUGUUUGACAGAUGGAAGAACCUACAGAUGUGCAAAUGGGAAAUGAAUGUCACAGAAGCUAAUUUAUUCAAGUCUACUUUGUCGAGGUGUUGCAAUGCCCCUGCCUUUCUGUUCACCACCCAGAAAAAUACCCCAUUGGGAACUAAACUGAAGUAUGAAGUGGAUACUAGUGGAAUCUUCCAUAUCAACCAGGAGAUCUUCAAAAUGUUUCCAAAGGAUAUGCCGUACCACCGCUCCCAGUUUAAGAAAUGUGCAGUGGUUGGGAAUGGAGGAAUUCUGAAGAACAGCGGAUGUGGCCGGGAGAUUGACAGUGCAGACUUUGUGUUUCGAUGCAAUUUGCCUCCUAUAUCUGAGAAAUACUUAACGGAUGUUGGAGUGAAGACGGAUGUUGUGACUGUCAAUCCCAGUAUAAUUACCGAGAGAUUUCAUAAGUUGGAAAAAUGGAGGAAACCCUUCUACAACGUGCUACAGGUCUACGAGAACGCUUCUGUGCUGCUGCCAGCUUUCUACAAUACUCGAAACACGGACGUUUCAAUCCGGGUCAAAUAUGUCCUAGAUGAUUUUGAAUCUCAGCAAGCUGUUUAUUACUUUCAUCCGCAGUAUCUCAUCAAUGUCUCACGCUACUGGCUCGGCCAAGGGGUGCGGGCCAAGCGGAUUAGCACUGGGCUGAUCCUGGUAACUGCUGCCCUGGAGCUCUGUGAAGAGGUCCACCUUUUUGGCUUUUGGGCUUUCCCCAUGAACCCCUCAGGGAUUUUUAUAACUCACCACUACUAUGACAACGUGAAACCUCGCCCUGGUUUUCAUGCUAUGCCCUCAGAAAUCUUCAAUUUUCUCCACAUGCACAGCAAGGGGAUCCUGCGGGUGCAUACUGGCACCUGCAGCUGCUGUUAA